AUGGACAUCACCGAUCGAGACAGCGGGAAAAGCGUCACUUUUGAGGUGGCAAAAGAGUUCUUAAUGGUUGAGGAUGGGUCUUCUCCUGAUACGCUGCUGCUGUCGCUGAUCGAUUUGAAGCGUACUGUGUUCGCCAGGGUAGUGGAUGGGCAGCAGCGCUUGCAUUUCGGGCCGCUCGAUGCCAGUAUGAGGAAACAGCG